AUGAUAAUGUUGAUGUUGGCUCAACCAUCAAGUUGUGUAGGCAACACCAACAAAGCUCUGUUUGAAGAGAGGUCUGCAAUGAACCAACAACAUCAAGACAUAGAGAACUAUGAUGACUCUAUCUCAUUGAACAACAAUAAUAAUAACAGGGACGACCCAACAGACUUGCAAGGAUGGCUGGACGCACAAAGUGUAGCCAAGUAUCUUGGUCUACCAUUGACAAAGCGAGUACAUCUGCGCAUACCAAUCAACUUUAUCUUUGUUGGUUUCAAUGGUGAUGGUAACAAGGCAUUCUCACUUGAGGAUCAUCACUUGGUGGAAUGGUUCCAACACAUCGAACACUCACUACCAAACGUCAUCGUGCCUCUUGGCGAGGACCUAGUCACCUCAGACAUCAACGAGACUCCCGCCACUCACAUCGAAUACUCCUUUGACAUUCAAGUAUCAAAGGUUGAUGCGUUGGUAACAACAUUGAUAGAAGACGCGAUAUAUUGGCAUCUUAGGAAUGAGGACCCAUCGUAUUAUGACACGAAUGCAACAUCUUCGCCACAGAGCAAGGAUACACAACAGCGAUUCUACACCAACCCAUACUUGGUAUCAUCAUUGCUCUCAUCACUCAGUAGCCAUCUCAAUCUGAACACCAACAGUUACAGCAUCUAUGUGCUCAACCCCAACCAUCCACUGCGCUCCAACAGUAACGGCAACGACAGCAACAGCGCCAGCGAUGAGCCCAUCGUCUAUGGCUACCGAACGGGCCUGUCCAACGGCGAGCUGCGCGUACUGAACGCCAACCCCGCACUGGUCUUCAACAACGAAUGGAAAAUAGAGUCAGACUACGACUUUGUCGAGAUGUUCAAGCCGGCGCGCGGCCACAUUGAGCCGGGCGAGGUGCAGCAGAGCACUCUGCACAUCAACGACAACCUCAAGCUCAGGGACCUGUCCAAGCUGUCGCAUGAGUGGGCGCGCUCCAUGUCGCAGGAGUUUGCCAAGUAUCGCAACCAGAGUGCGACGGGCGGACCCGCCACCGAGACCUGCUUCUACGGCUCGCCCGACGGCACCGAGGACCGGUGGAUCUGCACAGCGCCACAGCUGGUGCAGCACGAUGAGGAGGGCAUGUCGACAAUCAAGCACGCACAGAACCUCUACGACAAUGGCAAUUGGUUCGAGAAGUUCUACAUCCAGUCGGCGCACAAUCACUGGGUGCAGGAGAACUGUCUCGUCGACAGUUGGAUAUCACACAAGCGCUUCGCCUUUGUGGACUUGACCGCAGGCCCAUUCUCCUGGGGUCCGACCAUUGGUGGCAAUGGAUUGAAGAGUAGACUGACACUACCCAAGGUGCCAGACUCACUACAAGACAAGAUCACAUCAAUAAGGCAGUUGGUCCAGAAUGACAAGCAACGUCUGGAGAAACUACAACAAGAGCUAACAAUCACACAGACACUCUACAAGAACACAUGUUCCUCAACACAAGUUGUUGAUGAGAAUUGUCAGAAUUUGAAGAGAAAUAUUGCCAAGCUUGAAUCUAUACUGAUGGACACUGUUUCAUGGGAACCAUUCUUCAACAAUGAUGACUCGCCAAUGCAUAACAUUGAUCUGUUGCUUGGUAACUUGAUUGAGAGUGUAGAGGAGAUAGAGAUGAAUGAUUUCAAGGCACACCUGGGAGCGGUAUUGUCAGACAGUCUCAGACAUCUUGUGGCUCAGCCACAACCACUGUUCAAGAGUGACUACUACAGCAGAGUGAACUUCCACGUGAUCAUCAUAUCCGAUCACAAACAAUACAAUCCAAGGGAUCACUCAAUGUUCAACUAUGAGCUGUUCAAACAUCAACUUGACAAGCUCAAGUCACCCGGUCAAGAGUUCACAUACAACAUCAAGAUGAUCCCAAUGCUUGAUGAUCCUACACUAUCAUUGGCUUAUCACACGUCAUUGAAGACUAUCCUCCAGCCAACAGUCAAUAAGGAUGGUGCAUUUGAAACAAAGCUCAACUAUUACAUCGACUCGAAGGAGAUCAAGUAUCAAUUGACAAGGCUCAACCCCGACCAGCACAGUGAUGACAUGCAACAGGUGAUGAAGUCCAAGCACAUACCAAUAUUCAUAUUCUCGCUGGGUGGCGACAAUGCCGUGUUUAUCGAUCGUGACAAGCGUGCCAAGGCACUGGACAACAUGGUGAUUGCCGUGCAGACCAAUGUGAUGUACAACUCAUCGUUCACGUGCAAUGACCAACCGGUGACAUUGAAUCUCAGCAAUCCAAUGUCUCCCCUGUUGGCUGCCACCGCACUCAGUCUAGGCGGACUGGUGCCCAAUCACGUAUCUUACAGCGAGGCCACGAUGAAGGCCACUCAGAACUGGCAGUGGUCGGUCGGUGACUCACCCACCGCUAGCACAUUCACUUUCCCAUUCUCAUACUUCUCCGAGUUCCAACGCGAUGCCAUCCAUCGCAACUAUGUAGUUACUGCAUUGGAGAAGUCCAUAACGAUGGCCAAUGAAGCCAAUCAACUACUUGCCAAUCACAAAACAAACCUUCAGAACUAUGGAUCACUUGAGAAGAUACCAAUGCUGAGAGGAGUCACUAGACAGUACAAGAUGUUGCAGGACCAAUGGAGACUGACAGCCGAGUAUAUUGCCAAGUUGGACUUUGGCAAGGCAAUAUCGACGGCACUACAUUCUGAACGCACUGCCAUCCAGUAUCUGUUGGAGAUCAAGAGUCUUUCAGAAGGCAUCACUGUUGCUGAUUGCAAUGUGACGGCCGAAGGUUACAAAAUUCGAACGUACGCCAUCAUCACUAUAUGUUUGACGAUCAAUGUCUUGAUGUUGUUGGCAUACUUUUUGAUCUCAAAGACAAAGUCCAAACUAAAGAUAAAUUGA